GCGGAGCCGCGCCUGCUGCUAAACCUUUAAGAUCUGCGGUCUGGGGUCUGGUUGAAAGACGGCGGCCCUCGCUACCCCGUUUAAGUACAUUGGUGAAAAUCAGGAUCCUACCUUAAGAAACUUGCAAAAUGGGUGUCUAUCCAGAGCGCGUCCGCGUGGCCCAGGAAGGGAGGCGAAAUCAGGAAGAUGAUGGAGGUUGCCGCUGCAGACGUCAGGCAGUUGCGCGGCUCUAUGGAGCUGGUGGACGUGGGAAACCAAACCUCCGUGAUGGCUCGGAGAUCCCGCUCCCUCCUAUUCUGCUCGGCAGCCUGGGCUCCGACCCACGGAAGAAGACGGUGUGCCUUUGCGGGCCCCGGGAUGUGCAGCCUGCGGCCCUGGAGGACGGCCGGGACACGAGCCCUUCGCCCUGGUGGAGCGCGAUGGGAAGCUGCACGGGGAGGUUCCACUGAUGGGAAGGGCCGGUGGCCGUGUGGGCGAAUGGCCUGGGAGUGUAAGAGAAAACAGACCGGGAGAUUCCUGUCAACGCCCGGUUCUGCCCCGACGGCAUGGAGGAGUCAGGCUCUGAGGGCCUAGGCGAGCUGAUUUUCGCCCAGAAAGACAGCUUCUUUAAGGCCGUGGACUGUGUCGGCAUCUCUGACAACUACUGGCUGGGGAAGAAGCAGCCCUGCAUCGCCUCCGGCCUCAGGGGCAUCUGCUGCUUCUUCAUCGAGGUGGCGUGCAGCAGCAGAGACCUGCAUUCCGGGUGUACGGGGACUCGGUGCAUGAGGCCAUGGCUGCUCUCGUUUUGCUGAUGGGCUCUUUAGUGGACAAGAGGGGGAACAUCCUGAUCCCCGGAAUUAACGAGGCUGUGGCUGCUGUGACGGAAGAGGAGCACAAGCUGUACGAGGACAUUGACUUUGACAGGGAGGAGUUUGCCAGGGAAGUGCGGGCGCACACCCUCCUGCACUGCUGCAAGAAAGACAUCCUCAUGCACCGAUGGCGGUACCUGUCUCUCUCCCUCCAUGGCAUUGAAGGCGCCUUCUCUGGGUCGGGGGCCAAGACUGUGAUUCCCAGGAAGGUGGUCGGCAAGUUCUCCAUCAGGCUCGUGCUGAACAUGACUCCCGAAGUCGUCAGCGAGCAGGUCACAAGCUAUCUAACUCAGAAGUUUGCUGAACUCCACGGCCCCAACAAGUUCAAGGUGGGAAGCCGUGGGUCUCAGACUUCAGUCACCCUCAUUACAUGGCUGGGAAAAGAGCCCUGAAAACAGUUUUUGGUGUUGAGCCAGAUUUGACCAGGGAAGGCGGCAGUAUUCCCGUGACCUUGACCUUCCAGGAGGCCACAGGCAAGAACGUCAUGCUGCUGCCUGUGGCGUCGGCAGAUGACGGAGCCCACUCCCAGAAUGAGAAGCUCAACAGGC